ACAGAGUCUCGAAACGAGUCGGCAAUCAGCUGAUACACGGCGACAUUGUAAUCGCUUGCACAAGGAACCAGUGUGCUCAUUUUUGCGAAGACUUGCGGAUCCGGUCUAGUUGUUCGUUGGAUGUUCGCUAACGCCAGGUGGCUCCUUAGAAAACGUAUAAUGGAUCAAAUUAGAGAUGUUCGAAUUGUUGAGUGCAAGGAGUCCGUGUACGUGAAGCCCUACCGCCUCGAGUUCACUCAGAACGGCAGGAAACGCGCUUGGGACCUAUGCAAGACCCACGACAGUGUCGCAUGCGUCGUUUACAAUAGUUCGCGCGAGAAACUAUUGCUCGUCAGUCAGUUCCGUCCCGCGAUUUACAUGAACCGUAUUCUCGAGAAAACUUUUCCGAUAGACACCACGAAAUACCCUGGGAGUCUCGGUCUGACAUUAGAACUCUGCGCUGGGAUCACGGACAAGGAUAAGAGUCUGGAGCAGACUAUGCAGGAAGAGCUAGAGGAGGAAAUCGGCUACAAGGUUCCCCUGGACAGAAUAAGCAAGAUAACUUCCUAUCGUUCAGGAGUCGGAACGCAGGGCGCGUGUCAAACCCUGUACUAUGCGGACGUGAAAGAUGAGGAUAAAGUUUCCACCGGUGGAGGGAAUGAAUCUGAGGGUGAGAUGAUUCAGGUCAUUGAACUGUCAACCGACGAAGCAAGGAACGUCAUCUUCGACGAGUCUGUGAUGAGGACACCCUCGAUGUUAUUCGGACUCCAAUGGUGGUUUGCGCAUAAAUUCGAUAAACGAUAGGCUCGACGGAGUUCACCUGAUCGAAACGCGGCUCCAGACUCGAAUGAGCACGGUCCCUCGAGCGGAGGGUAACUUUCGACGCUUCGAAACUGCAUGCUUGGCUGCAACGCUUCGAUCACAGAAAUCGGUGCCCGGAAACUCAGACUCGGAUCUUUUUUCUCCUUCGUCACGGUGCAAUGGACUUUUAUGAAUUCUUGUUCUUGUGCAUUAACACAGAUCGGGUUGAAAUACAGCGAGCCUGGAUCUUU